AGCAGGAGGCCGUUGAGAGAUCCAGCAGCUGGUAGUGAGUUGCGAGAGCGCCCAGCAGGCAGCAGCCGACGGUCAACACAGCACACACAUUUCCCACUCCAUGUGAGAAAAACUGAGCCGUCUACCUUACAGGCGACAGAAGAAUAUGCUGUUCGGACGCCUGACGUGUCACCGCAUCGGCCUUUGAGUCAUCAUUGUCACCCGGUUUUCAUUUUGGAGGAUUCCUCCCUUCAUCCUCCGGAUCGCACCGAACAGGCAAUGACAACGGUCUUAGCAACCCCGCAGCAGAUGAGGGACCGGCUGCUGCAGGCCAUCGACUGUCGCAGCAAUAUACGCAAUAUGGUGAUUGUAUUGGAGGUAAUUUCCUGUCUUGAACAGUAUCCUAUCACCAAAGAAGCACUUGAGGAAACUCGACUAGGAAAACUUAUCAAUGACGUCAGGAAAAAGACCAAGGAUGAAGACCUCGCCAAGCGUGCUAAGAAACUCUUGAGGGCCUGGCAAAAGCUGAUUGAGCCUGGGCCAGCUGUGGCUGCGAGUACGCCAGGGUCCACCAAUGGCAGUUCCCACCCCUGCAGAACAGAUGUCGCCCCUCCUGACAUUUCCGUGUCAGGGAAGGGUGUCCCUGAAGUCAAAAUCAGAAACGAUGUACACAACACAUACUCACCAAAAGCCGAGAAGUCAAGCAGCCGCAAACGCAGAGCAGAGCACAGAGACAGUGGAGUGCACUUACCAGAAAAAAUCUCCAAGAUGUCUUCAUUUGAUAACUCUGUUUCACCACCACCCACCAACGGGAUCGCAGGCAGUCCUGAUACCCUGCCUGACCAGCCAGUCGUCCCAUCUCCCGACAGAUCUCGGAUAGAGCACCUUGAUAAUGAUAAAAUCAACAGAAUUCCGGUUAAUGCUGUCAAGCCUCGCCCCAGCUCCCCAGGAGUGGCCAAACUACCUAGCACUUCCUCUAUGAUCAAGGUUGCUGUGAUGCAGCAACAGGCUAGAUUGGACGAAGGAGGAGGGGGGUAUUAUCAAACUAGAAGUCCCCGUGGCCUCACUUCUAGUCCAAGGAGCAUGAAGCAAGACACAGUGACCAAGCGCUCUUCAUAUGCACCUAAAGGAACACCUGUUCCAAGCCCCUCCUCUAGGGACUCUCCCUUGUCCAUAUCUCAGCCCGUAUCCUCUCCAGCCAACACAUCUUACGCUGACAAGCUGCCACAUUCUUCUCAUAGGUCUUCAAUGCACUGGGCCAGUUCGUCAGAAGCCCCUUCUCAUUGCCCACCACAAGACAUAUCUGCAACACUGGAAUCCCCAUCAGUCUCCCCUUCACCCUCCCACCUCCAACACAACUCAGAACUACACAGACCGACAUCUGAGGGAGCCAUGUCUGUGUCUGAUGACACAGACGGGGCAACGGUUCCCAACUCGGAGCAUAAAAGGCGGAAGUACAGGUCAAGAGACUACUCUGUCAACCUAGAUGGCCAGAAAAUAGAGGACACGACUAAACCUGUACGGUUAAAAGAACGCAGAUUAACAUUUGACCCCGUCACAGGUCAGAUCAAACCUCUGGUACAUAAAGAACCUUCUCUAACAGAGGAAGCCCCCACUCCUGACCCUGCUGAGUUAAGGCAGAGAACUGAAAGCACUGUACAACAGCCCGCUGUCCUCACCCCGGUCCCAGUCCCUGUCCCAGCCCUGGCCCCGGCCACAACCACAACCCCAGCCCCAGGUCCCAGCCCUAACCCUUUCCAUCAAACAAACUGGAAGGAGCUGUCCAGAAAUGAAAUCAUCCAGUCCUACUUGAACCUUCAGAGUAAUGUGCUCACCUCCUCUGGGGUCCAGGCCCCUAGUGCGCACUAUUUUAUGACAGAGUAUCUGAAAAGGGAAGAACAGGAGGUCAAGGAUUCACGGAAGAUACAUGUUCUGCAGACGGACAGCUCAGUAGGGGAUUUACCGGGCGUGAGCCGGGACGUGACGGACGAUGACCUGGGCAGGAUACACACACAGCACUGGCCGGGGGUGAACGGUUGUUAUGACACCAAGGGCACCUGGUAUGAUUGGACAGAGUGCAUAUCAUUGGACCCUCAUGGGGAUGAAAGCAAAUUGAACAUCCUGCCAUAUGUUUGCCUAGACUGAGGGGUUUGGGAAGGUUGCUGUCCUUUUUCCACUCCUUUCUUUGUCUCGCCACAGAGACGAGACACUUUGUGAUUUUGUUUGUCCACUGUGAGUUCGGCAAAAGCCAGGCCUGCUAAACUCCCUCCCCCAUGCCUCUUCCUCUUUCUGUGAUAAUCUAAUGAGAUUUUGGUAUUAAAAAAAGAGUAAAGAUUUAAAGAAUAGUUGAGUUUGUAAUACCAAGGGCUGUUUCUGUUUUAUUUUUCAAACUGAAAGCCACAGGAAUGAUGAGGCCCUCGUUGCAGAGUGCUGCUACUAACACUGAAGGAAAGAAGGAGGGGACAGCAUUAUCCCAGACAGCCGGAAAUGGUGUUAUGAUGUGAAUAUUUGAUGUUCUGAAUUGUACCUCUGUUUCAGGCUUACUGAGAUGGUACUGUUCUCUUUUUUUUACCUUCUAGUUUCUAAUGAGGAAUUACAAUCUAGGAUUAAAUUUGAGGGAAGGCCGGGGUUUAGCUGUCCUGUCCAGACUGCCAUGUUGGUGCCCAGAAAAGGUGUUGAUAGAGUUCAUCUAGCACAGAUAGAGCUGAACAUGUCCAGAGUAUGAUAUACUGGAUCAUAUUUGGCAGUUACAAGAAGCUUUAUGUGAGAUAUAAAGAGUAAAUUAUAAAUUUCUUAUCAUGUAUACAUCUAUUUAUUUUGACCAGUUCAUUUAUGGGAAGUUCACCUGAACAGACAUUAAGAAACUAUAAUAGACCUGGUUUUGUUUUCUUUGUUAAUUUUUUUUUUCCUGUUUGCAUCACAAUGCUGUCAGCCUAAUCUUCAAUGUUAAAGGGGCAUACGCAUGUUUUUUAUUUUUUUGCAUGGUCGUUCUUUAAGACGGACCAAUGCAUAUGGUCAUAAACAUUCCAUACUCCACCCCGCACCCACUUUCACGCUCUCUGUCUCAUCACACAGCUCCCGUAUGCCCACCUCAACCCUCAAGAAGAAAUUCAUUCUGGUUUCAAAAUGGUGUCGUCAAAAGUAGUGUGGUGCUAAUUAAAACAGUGAAUUCAGCUAAAGUGGAAAAAACUCACGCCUCACACUAAUUCUCUCCCAAGCUUAAAAAAGUAACGAAUGUCAAAUCAGAUGGUGCUGAUCAAUGUUUGCAUUAUUUGAAAGUCUCAUUUUGUUUCCUUUAGAUAUUGUUUGCCUUCUGGAGUUCCAUCACAAUAUUUCCUGAGUUAAACAGCCUUAGUGAAUGUAAAGGAUUGAGACUUGUUACGCACUUCUUCAUAAGUUGACAUCUUGUUGGUCAUUUCAUCACUGACAUAAUUCAAACGGGAAUAGUGACUGAUGCUCCUACAAUCUAUGUGCCCGCAGUUUAUUCACACUUAAAGCCCCUGCCUAUGUGAUUACAGAUAUUUUUGAAAAUGGAUAUUUUUCCCUAUCAUUCCACACGACCUUUGUUUUAUAAAGUACCUCUGUCCACA